AUGGAGGGUACUGCAAAUAUAGUACCUUACCACAACGGUGAGGUUAUACGUAAUACAUAUGAGGGCAUGAGCUUUGCUUGUGAGAGUAUAUAUUCGUUUGUGGUUCCGUGUACUGUAACGUUUGCGGAACUACAGUACGGGCUCUGUCAGAGUAUAGAGAAUAAUAUUUUAAAGAGGGUGAGCAACAUUCUACACCGGAGUCCAGUUGUGGUAUUUGGUGGCCUGGUACAGUUUGAUGUUAUGCCAAUCGUUGACGAAACAAGUAUUCAGCGGAUGUUUCAUAUUCACCAGCAAGCUAAGGUGCAACAUCCAAGGAUUGAGUUGUAUGUUGAGUUUGAACAUAUAACUGCGGAUGAAGUCCAAAAUGACCCAAACGUGCAAGAUGACAUAACUGAAGCAUACGAAGGUAUGAACAAUGAUAGCGACGAGGAGUUCAAAGCAACUUAUGAAGCCGUUGACGAGGACAAGGAUGACGAUGGGGGAGGUGAGGCAGUCGUGGAAGCCUUAGUGGUUCCACCCGCAGUUAGUCAACCGAUGGACGUUCCACCUUUUAUGCGUAGCUUGAAUAAUGACGCCUUGCAUGCACUAGAGUUUCCAGGAUACACGAACAUAUGUGUUGCUGACCCUGAGGAUAGGGAGUUUCGGAUCGGAAUAAAGUAUGGUUCUAGAAAAACAGUCAUUGCGGCAAUUCGGAGUUACACUAUCUCCAGAGGAGUCGAUUACGUUGUUCAUAAAUCCGAGCCACAAACGUUCUAUGCAAAAUGCAAGACUUAUGGACGUGGAUUUGAUUGGCUUAUCCAAGCCAACUUAAUACAGAAAAAAGCUUGUUGGGAGAUUCGGAGAUACAACGGAAGGCACACGUGUUUCAUGGGAACGAUCUCAUAA